UCGUUGGCCUUACUAGUGUGUUGAGGGAGUGACACCCCUGCUUACUUUUAUAGCUUUGUCAUGUGAUGGUAAGCAGUUGUAAGACAGGUGCCUCGGUUCAUUCUCAGCAGAAGGGGGCAGUUCCCUGAGUGAGAAAGCAAACAGAGAGUGUGUGGAUAUCAUUUGCUUGAUUUUGUGUGUGUGCCGUCAUUCACUGGCUGGAUGGCGUGGAACAGGUGUAACCAGGACUCUGUGUGGAGUGAAAUAGAGGUGAGCUGCAAAAAUCAAAACAUUCUUGGAAGUGGUGUUGGAGGGUCGGAAGAUUUUGGGAAGAUGGACUAUGGAGAUACCGAUUGGUGUGCCGCUCUGGUUGGUGAAGACCAGCCACUCUGCUCAGACCUCCCAGAACUCGACCUUUCUGAACUAGACGUCAGUGACCUGGAUGCAGAUAGCUUUCUGGGUGGACUAAAGUGGUACAGUGACCAAUCAGAAAUCAUUUCCAAUCAGUAUGGAAAUGAAUCAUCUAACUUGUUUGAGAAGAUAGAUGAGGAAAAUGAGGCCAACUUGCUGGCAGUUCUUACUGAAACCCUGGACAGUAUCCCAGUGGAUGAGGACGGAUUGCCUUCAUUCGAAGCGCUGGCAGAUGGGGACGUGACCAAUGCCAGCAAUCCCAGCCGCCCAUUGACACCCGAUGGCGCCCCUCCAACCCCAGAGGCAGAGGAGCCAUCUCUAUUGAAGAAGCUCUUGCUUGCUCCAGCUAGCUCCCAGUUCAGUUAUAAUCAGUACACAGGUGGCAAUGUACAACAUCAUGCACCUAAUAAUCAUAGGAUCAGACCAACCCCUGCUGUUGUCAAGACGGAAAACUUUUGGAACAGCAAGGCAAGCGCAGGCUGCCAGCAGCAGCAGCAGGAGAGGCCGGUGAGGCGCCCGUGCUCAGAGCUACUCAAGUACCUGACCGCCAGUGACGAGCCUGUACACAUCAAACCCAGUGAACAGAAAAGCUUCAACACUAGGGACAAAAGCAGUGCUCCCUCCUCCUCUUCCUCCUCCUCCUCCUCCUCCUCCUCCUCCAAAAAGAAGCCGCAGCUGCAGUCUCGGCAGCAGUCGAAUCACCAGCAAGCCAAACCAACCACGUUGCCACUUCCUUUGACCCCAGACUCUCCAAAUGACCACAAAGGAUCUCCGUUUGAGAAUAAAACCAUUGAACGCGCAUUGAGUGUUGAGCUUUCUGGAACAGCAGGUCUGACACCUCCCACCACUCCUCCUCACAAAGCCAGCCAGGAUAAUCCUUUCAAGUCUUCAAUGAAGCCCAAGUCAUCACCAUGCAGCUCUUCUGCCCCGCCGUGCAAAAGGCCACGGUACAGUGAUCCCUCCACCUGUCCCCUGGCAAUCAGCCCAGUAAAGAAGGGCCCAGAACAAACAGAACUCUACGCCCAGCUUAGCAAGGCAUCCGCAUUGCCUGGGGGGCAGGAAGAGCGAAAGGGGAAACGGCCCACCACGCGUUUAUUUGGCGAUCAUGACUACUGCCAGUCUUCAAGCACAAAAGGGGGUGUUUCCCUUAACCGGUUACAGGACCCGCAAGAGGACAGGCAUCAGGAAUGUAGAGACUCUCCAUCCUCUGCUGUGCAACAGCGGACUCAUUCCCUGCCUGAACCGGACCAGCGGAACAGUAGGGAAGGGAGGCAACAACAGGAACAGCACCAGCAAGGGAAGCAGGCUAACAACAGCCACUUCAACAGCAGGAAACUGCUUCGAGACCAAGAAAUCCGGGCUGAACUCAACAAGCACUUUGGAAACCCCAAGCAAGCCAUUUACAAUGAGGAGGAGGAAAAGUCCAUCAGCCAUCUGACAGAGUGGGACACUGGAGACGAGUAUUACUGUAAACUGUCUGGGUACAUCCGCCCGGGCCUCCCCUUGGAAGGGGUGUUUGACGACAGCGAGGAUGAGAGUGAACGGUUCCUGUAUCCCUGGGGUGGGACCCAUUCGGACCUCUUGUUUGAACGCUCUCCUUCCUGCUCCCCUUCCAGCUGCUCCCCUUCACGGGGUUCAGUUUCUCCGCCCAAAUCCCUGUUCUCCUCACAGUGUUUUCACCGGCCCAGGUCGACUUCCCGCUCCAGGUCUAGGUCCAGGUCCUACCCCCGGCGACGGUCCUACUCCCGAUCUCCGUACUCCUGUUCAAGAUCGAGGUCCCCAUACAGCAGGUCCUCAUCACGGUCUCGACACAACAACGAUUCAAGCCAUAGUAGACCCAGGUCCCACAGAAGUCCACAUUUGCAUUCAAGAUCCCGAUCCAGGUCCCCCUACAACCGGAGGCCCAGGUAUGACAGCUACGAGGAAUACCAGCACGAGAGGCUAAAGAGGGAGGAAUAUCGGCGGGAUUAUGAAAAACGGGAAUUUGAAAGAGCGAAACAGAGAGAAAGGCAGAGGCAAAAAGCAAUUGAGGAGCGCCGUGUCGUGUACGUGGGCAGACUCAGGUCUGAUAUAACCCGGACGGAGCUGAAGCGGCGAUUUGAAGUUUUUGGUGAAACCGAAGAGUGUACAGUAAAUCUGAGAGAUGACGGGGACAAUUUUGGUUUUAUCACCUACCGCUAUACUUGUGAUGCCUUCGCAGCCCUUGAAAAUGGACACACCUUACGCAGGUCAAAUGAACCUCAGUUUGAGUUGUGCUUCGGGGGACGCAAGCAGUUCUGCAAAUCAAAUUAUACAGAUUUGGAUUCCCAUUCUGAUGACUUUGACCCAGCUUCCACUAAAAGCAAGUAUGACUCCUUGGAUUUUGACAGCUUGCUGAAGGAAGCACAGCGUAGCCUGCGUAGGUAACAAGCACCAAACUGGCCAUCGACAGAGGGAUUCGUAAUACCUCAUGGAUGUUCUGUCCUUCAACAGUGAUAGACUACCACAAGUUUUACACUCUGCGUAUGGAAAAAAUAAAUAAAGUUUACAUGAACAUAGCUGCUGAAGAACCGAGAAGAAAGAUUAUGAAACCAACAAACCUUCCUAUCUGAACAGAGAUCACAGUGCUUUUGGAACAUGAAAAAUGUGGAUGGAAGACCUUCCAUGUUCUACAAAAAAAACAGCUUUUUGACUGGUGAAAAAUGCGCAGCUUGUUCAAUUUUUUUUUUCUGAUGUUUGGAUGUGGUGUUACAUUAUUAAUAAGAGUUGGGAAUAUAUAACUGGGGUGUUUCAGAUAUUUUUAUUGAUUACAUUGUGCAAAAAUGUAGUUACAUAUUUACAGAUGUUAGAUGGAGUAUUUUUAUUUUGUGUACAUAUCUGACAAAGUUCUUUAUUUGUUACAGCUAUGCACUGUAAAAUGCAGCCUUCUUUUCAAUGAUGCUAAAAUGUUCUUAAUCAUGAAUGUUCAGCUGUAGUUGUUAUGAUAAUGAUGGCCUGACGUACCCUGACGUGUUUAGAGAGGUACAGAUGUGCUGAUAUGAUUGUAUGUGUGUGUGUGUGUGUGUGUGGAUUUGCAGAGCACAUGAAGAGAAUCCGUCUUUUAUUUGAGAUGUCAAGGCUGUUGUUUCCCAUGUCUGCUGGAGUUUGUGUACGUGUUUGCUCUGUUGCAUAGUCAAUGUGUUCCCCCUACCACUUCUUGUAAAAUACAUUUAUUUUUAUCUACGAAAGUUUUUUUUUUUUUUCGUGAUUGUAUGUGAAGCCUCAAGAGGUUAAAAAGUGAAGGGUUUUAAUUUUAUUAUUGUAUACCUUAAUUCAGCUUUUCUGAAUCAACUCCGUAAAAAUACAUAGCAGCUUAGGGAACAUUGCAUUGCCGUCUUUUGUGGCACAUGCCUGUUAUUGGUUAUAUAUUUUUUUUUUUUCUGAGCCGUAUCUAUCAAUAUUUAUUUUUACUAAAAAUAUUUUGUACGUUUUUAAAACAUGCAUAACCUGCAAUACAUGUAACUAUUUAUUCAGUUUAUUAUUUAAAUAUUUAAUCAAGGAGAGAAAAAACACUGUCAAGUCUGAUUCCACUUCAUAAAAAUUAAGCAUAUCGUUCCUUUUAUGCCUUUUUUUUUUUUUUUUUUUUUUAAAGAUGAUCAAAUUUUGUUCAUAAGUCACUGUCUAUAGCUGUCAUCAUUUGCUUGAUUUUGAAUCCUGAUUUUAUUAUUUUUUAAUUUUUUUAAAUAGUCAUAAAGCAAUAAGAACACGUUUUUACAGGUACCUUAUUGUACCAGUAUACUCCUCAAGUCGCUGCUCUUGCUGUUGUUUUGUAGGUAACAAUGCAGGUAUUUCAACUCGCUUCAUUAUGUGAAUGCCAAACAAAGGUUUACAGUUUUCUUUCCUGGAUUUUUACAAUCUUCUCUUUGAUGUAGUAAUAAAUAAUAAUAAUAAUAAUAAUAAUAAUAAUAAUAAUAAUAAUAAUAAUAAUAAUAAUAAUAAUGAAAGAAAAAAAACACAAAGCAAUAAUUAUUUUUUUUUAAAUAUACAUUUUAGCUUAUUAUGUUGUGUGUAUCUGGAGCAGACACAUUACCCAGUUUGCUUGCCAAAACAUUUAGGUGUUUAUUCCAAAUUGUUAGCACAAUGUCCUUUGAUUGACAGAUAAUGUAGGUGUUUUGUGUCAGCAUUUUACACUGUAGAUAAUAUUUAUGUGGUCUUUCCCUUAAUAGCAAAAAUAUAAGUGAUUGAAUAUUCUGGAAGACUUAGUAUUCCCUAAUAUAGAUGCUCACCCCUCUUAAAAUACUGAAUCCACCUGCUGACCAUUGCACUAAAUUAACCACAACCAUGCUCAAUUCCUUUCACAACACUAAACUAAAUUGUAUAUCCUUUGAUGUCUGGAAUGUACUUGCAGUGAUGUCUGGAUAUCAAAGUACCCUUUUAGUGUUAGACAAAAGGCAACCUACAAUGAUGUCCCAUUGAUUGUGCUUCCUUAUUGCACUUAGCUUUCAGGUUAUGAGAAAGCUAGAUUACAUCAAAAGUUCUGGAAAACCUCUGUAUAAAAGCUUAUCGAUCGCGUAUACUUUUCAUGAAGUAAGCCUGUGUAGUAAAGCUCUUUAUUUAUUUAAGAUUAUAAAAGACAACCCCCCAGUGAAAUAAUAUGAAUACCUUUUUUCUGUUUGGAGCUUGGGUAAUGGUGUCAUGUUCCAUUUGGUAGCUGUGGCUUUAAUCGUUGUAAUAUAAAAUCUGCUUUGUAAAUUGCCUAGAGUAGCAAUAUAAUAUAACACUUGAUUCAAGAUUUUACCUGAGUGACAGACUUUUUAAUAAUGUCAAAUACAGGAAUAUGGCUCUGCUUUAACGUUUGUGGGUGAACGUCUUUAUGUUGUUAGGACUAUACUGUUGGAGAAGGAGCGAGAGUUGUGUCUAUUUGCGUCCUAUCCAGGUUGCCUUUCAUCCACCAACUCUUUACCAAUACCUUUGUGGUUCUACCCAUUGUAUACAAUUAUUGUGAAUUUUUUUAUGUGCAAUUCUCAUCAGCCUCACCAAGCUAAUAAAGGGAAACAGAUGUUUCAAUGA